ACUCUGAGUCAUGUGGGCAGUUUGGAGUGUAUAGGCGAGUCUGUUAUAUGGGAACUCUUCUGCAUACACUUGUCAGUUUAUAAAGUGUAUCUGGGUUGGGACUAUAGAGAAUGUUUGCAUGUUGUUCAUACAUAUCAAUGCAUCACAUUUCCCUAGAAACUUGGAUCCUGUGCAUUAAAGUCUGCAUGGGAUUUGGUUAUUAUUCCGCGUGCUGUUUCCAAAGCCGUGUUGAUUUGUAACCAUUCUCACUAUUUACACCGCACACUUCACCUACUGACUCGUAAGCAUUUGAACCAUGUAGGUUGGAAAUGUGACCACAGCAGUUUGAAUGGCAUAGUGACCCAUAAUUCAUGCGGGUGGGUGUAUACACCUCUGCUCAUCAGUCCAUAUUUACACCAUUUGUUUGCUGCUCCACUUCACAGUCAUUUCCUUGGAAGUGUAUAAUGUUGAUAGAUUACAUGCGAAUAUGUAGCUUAGUUUUGUCUAAAACAAACAAACAAACAAACAAACAACAAAAUCAGAAGAAGGUCAGGAUGUAAAAGCACUGGAAGAGCGUUUCUGUAGCCUAUUCAUAAUACAGCCUGUAUUUACUAUUUAUAUGCCAUCGAGCCUAUUUAAAGCUUUAAAGUGUUAUUAGACUUGUAGGUGACGCGUAAUAAAUUGAUAAUUCUCUUUAUGAUAAAUUAUAAUCCAUGCAAAUGAAGGAGAAAGGAAUGUGGAGCAUGGCUGGGUAGUGAAUGAGCACUAAGCGCUGGGAAAAUAGACUUUACUUUCUAAUAAAUGCGUCUCAGGACUUGGAGAAAUCAGGCUUUUCUGGCUGCAGCUGGUUAAUGUGUAACACCAGGGCAUGUGCGGCUGUAGCCUGGUGCUGAACGGUGACGCGGGCGGUGUGUGUGUGUGUGUGUGUGUGUGUGUGUGUGUGUGUGUGCAUGCAUGGGCUUGAGAAGCGCUUUCUCGGAGCGGCCUGUCAAAAAGCAUCAGCGUGCUGCAUUGUUUCAGCCCUCGUGCUCGGACUGCGUUUCAUCACUCCUACCAGUACAACGUGUGUCCUGCGAUUUGAGUAAUGGAGCCACACGAGCGUCAGUAGGCACUCCGAGCGGGAGGUGAACGAGCAGUGUGACUGGAUUACACAACCCCAAACCACACACCUGAAACGUCCAACAGGAAUCAUUAUCUGGUGCCCAGGAUAUUUCUAGCACUUAGUUUAUGAUGAUGAUUUGUCGCCUCAACGCAAGUGAGAACUAAAGAGCUUAUGCAAUUUGGAUCACACCAUUGUGUAAUAUGCAGGCCAUUAAGAAAGAGCCGUCCUACAGUGGAGACGACGACCUGGUCUUAGCCAUGGCUCUGCAAGGCACAGACAGAGACUUGAUCAAUCAGAAACUGUCCGGCAUGCCCUUCAAGGGCAAACCAAACACAUGCCGCAGAAAGCGGGAGUUUAUCCCGGAUGAGAAAAAGGACACGUUGUACUGGGAGCGGAGACGCAAGAACAACGAGGCGGCAAAACGCUCACGGGAGAAGCGGCGGCUCAAUGACAUGGUGCUAGAGAGCAAGCUGAUGGCGUUGGGUGAGGAGAAUGCUUCACUCAAAGCUGAGCUUCUGUCCCUCAAGCUGAAGUUCGGCCUUUUGAGCUCGGCUGCCUAUGCUCAGGAGGUACAGAAGAUCUCCACCUCUACGAACACCUUGUACCAGGAAUUUGCGCCCCCUAAUGGUGUCAAAGGCUCCUACCCCAGAGAGGCUGAGCCUUCAUGCCUGAGCAGUAGCUGCAUAUCAGUGAUCAAGCACUCACCUCACAGCACCUUAUCAGAUGGAUCUGACUCAAGCACUAUGAACACAUGCAGGACACCGGAAAUCAUCAAGCAAGAGCCAUUAGAGAAUGGCAACUACUCCAGAGACCGAGCCAGUCCGUAUGAACUGUACAGAAAUUACCUGAAUAGUCCUUUCCCUGGAGGCUACUCCCAGCCAAAUCCAUUCCUGCAGCUCACCAGGUCAUCAAGUAACUCGCCCCGGACCUCUGACGGUGACGAUGGGACCGUGAGCAAGUCAUCAGAUGGGGAAGACGAACAGCAGGUCCCCAAAGGUCUGGCACCGUCCAAUGCUGACCAAAAAAGCGUGAUAGUCUCUGCUGUAAAGGUGCCAGAUGCCAAUGCUUCAGCUCUGCCCCACAAGCUGCGCAUCAAAGCCCGGGCCAUCCAGAUCAAAGUAGAGGCUAUCGAUCCUGACUACGACUCAUCUGGGAAGUUCACUUCCCCCAUCGACAUGUCUGCACGGGCAUGCUACCAGAUGGGUCAGGGAUCUACACCUGAAUACACCCAGUCAUCACUUAGCCCGCUCUCCCUGCAGGUGAACAACGUACAGGACUGGAUCCAACAACCCGAGUACUGGCACAAAGACCAAACAGAGGCUCCGCCAAAUGGCUACAAGAACAGACUUUGCCCCGACUCACCUGGGCCUGUGACUAACAAACUGGUUGUAGACCUUAAGGAUGGCUGCUAUGCCAUCUCAGAGUCUGAGAACUUGUACUUGAAAAAAGGCAUCGCCGACCUGUCGGCAGAAGUGGCCUCCCUGAAAAAGUUGAUUGCAACACGGCAGGGUUCUGUUAUCGAGUCCACCAAAAGCACUACUGAACAUGACUUGGUAUCGAAAGGAUGUUAUUCAAACUGAGGCUUCUCUGUUUGCACAACACCUGUUUUCCACUGUGUCUGCUACUGCACCAUUCCACUGAAAUGGUGUCUAAAAGCUGCAGUUCAUCGAGAUGAAUAGUGGUUUUGUGCACUUACUGUUGUAGAUUGGCGUGUCCUCCCGAUGACUCCUUCUGGUAGCCCAGAAGCCAAAAUGUUAGGCUACUACAUGCAAAGUUAAUGCUGUCUUCUUCAAAAAUUUGUUGUACAUUAUUGUAUGUUCUUUUUUUUUUUGUUUACAAUAAAUGUAUGUAAGCACUGAA